UCUGCGUGUCCGGGUGAGGAGCGCCGGAUUCUCCUGAUGCAAGUCGGACUUGUUGCUGCGCGGGGGGACGCACAGAGAGAGAGACGACUGAAGCUUUGAAGUAAGUUUGGAUUGGUUUUCCGGUUUUUACGCGUCAAAGAAACAACAACAACAAACGGACUUAAAGGAUAAAGUGAGAACGUGAGGAUCUGAUCUUUUAUCUCCGGUUGGACCGUAAACCCGUCGUUUGUUUCCCGGAGAAACUGUUGCUCACUUCCAUGUUUUUCUCUCCGUUUCUUUUCUCAUGUUCUGUCCGCUCCGCUCCGCUCAUUGAGUCCUCCUAACGCGCCCCCUCACAGCUCCAGGACCUGAACCGGGAUCUAGGUCCGAGCACCAGGACCAGCAUGGCGGCAGGAGUGGCUGCAUGGCUGCCGUUCGCCCGCGCGGCAGCCAUCGGCUGGAUGCCGGUGGCGGGCGCGCCCAUGCCGGUGCCUCCGCAGGAGAAGAAGCGCGGCACGGACGCGCUCAUCAUGCUGAACGUGAGCGGCGCAAAGUUCCAGACUUGGCGGGACACGCUGGAGCGCUACCCGGACACCCUGCUGGGCAGCACGGAGCGAGACUUCUUCUUCCACGACGAGAGUAAUGAGUACUUCUUCGACCGGGACCCGGACAUCUUCCGCCACAUCCUCAACUUCUACCGCACCGGGAAGCUGCACUACCCGCGGCAGGAGUGCAUCGCGGCGUACGAGGACGAGCUGGCCUUCUUCGGGAUCAUCCCGGAGAUCAUCGGGGACUGCUGCUAUGAGGAGUACAAGGACCGGCGGCGCGAGAACCAGGAGCGGAUCCAGGACGAUGAGGACAUGGACCAGAACAACGACCUGGUCCCCCCUGACCUCAACUUCCGGGAGACCAUGUGGCGCGCCUUUGAGAACCCGCACACCUCCACCAUGGCGCUGGUCUUCUACUACGUCACGGGUUUCUUCAUCGCGGUGUCGGUGAUGGCCAACGUGGUGGAGACGGUGCCGUGCGGGGCCAUGCCGGGCCGCGUGAAGGAGCUGUCCUGCGGGGACCGGUACGCGCUGGCCUUCUUUUGCCUGGACACGGCGUGCGUCAUGAUCUUCACGGUGGAGUACCUCCUGCGCAUGCUCGCCGCGCCGAGCCGCUGGAAGUUCGUGAAGAGCGUGAUGAGUGUGAUCGACGUGGUGGCCAUCAUGCCGUACUACAUCGGCCUCGUCAUGACGGACAACGAGGACGUCAGCGGCGCCUUCGUCACGCUGCGCGUCUUCCGCGUCUUCCGGAUCUUUAAGUUCUCGCGGCACUCGGCGGGACUUCGCAUCCUAGGCUACACGCUGAAGAGCUGCGCCUCGGAGCUGGGUUUCCUCCUCUUCUCGCUCACCAUGGCCAUCAUCAUCUUCGCCACGGUCAUGUUCUACGCCGAGAAGGGAUCGACGGCCAGCAAGUUCACCAGCAUCCCCGCGGCCUUCUGGUACACCAUCGUCACCAUGACAACGCUCGGGUAG